UCCCGCAGCCGGCCUGUCUCCCGGGUGACGCGCUGCUCUUGCUCGAUUGCUCUGGUCUGCUGUAUAUCUGCCUGUCUUCUGGAGAUGGUUUGACGGAGCGCAUCCGCGGGUCCCACGGCCGACGGUAAGAGGGCCAUCCCUGCCCAGCCAUGGAUGCGUGUGCUCGCAUUCGAGGAGUUCCGCUGAAGCCUCGCUCUUCCAUCAGGAAAGAGACCAUGCGUGAGAGCUCAGUGCCACUCCUGAAGGCCCUGCUGAAGAGCAAGAAGGAGCUGUGCAGCGUGAUGCUGGAGCUGCCUGCCCGGGACCCGCCGUGUCUGACCGAGAUUCAUUUUGUCAGUUUACCCAGUUAUUCCGAAGUAGAGGAUUUUGCACUACAGGCCUUGCCGUCCGUUCCUCUGGACCUCCUAGAGUUACUGAGAUCACUACACGUCCACAGUCUGAAGAAUGAAGAGAUGCUGCUGCUCAAAGACUCUCGGAGAGUCCUGGAAAGAAAAGACAGUAUUUCUCAGACGGCAUGGCCAAAAGCCAUCUGUGUGUUCCGACACUCACAGGACUUGCUGGGGAGCGCCAGCACCCUGUCCAGUCUCCUGACCCGCUACAUGGCAGGGAUGAGGUAUGCACUGGAGCUGCAGAUACUGCAGAAGGGCAUGUCGGAUGGCUGCCAGGUGGAGGAUGACGACACUAAUCAGUCCGUCUCUUCCAUCGAGGAUGACUUUGUUACUGCAUUCGAGAACCUCGAGGAGGAGACCCCUGAAAACUCAUCCUUUCAUAACAAGCGGAGCCAACGCGAUGUGGCCUCCCAGACUGUUCCGCCCCUCAGCAAGGACAAGUCAGGGUCUCGAGUGAUUAUUAGCUCCUUUUCCAAGAAGACCUCAGUAAAAAAAGCACCUCUCCCUGAAAUACCGUCAACCGUCAAAAGUUCACAAUCACAAUGGUCACCAGGGCCAGGAAGCCAAUGGAGCAUCUACAAACAGGACAGUCUUCCGAGAGGGCGCGUCACAGCUGCAUCACUCACAGAGUCUGAUGACUCUGACUGCUCUAGCCCCAGUCCCAUUAUAUUCCUAGAUGAAGAAGGCUACCAGAAGAGUCUAAGAGCAAAGCUCGACAUUCCUAAAAUUCCUGUCUUUAAAGAUGGGGUGGAGGAUUCUGAUUCAGAAGUGAGUGAGUUUUUUGAUAGCUUUGAUCAGUUUGAUGACUUGGACCAAGAUCUGGCGAGUACGACCAAAUUGCUCAAGGAUCCAACCCUGCUUGGGCAGACACAAGGGAAAAUGUUUGUAGAAGACUCCAAAUGUGUAACCCGAGGCUUUUCCUCAACAGCAAUGAACCCCCACCGAUUUGACCAUCCAACCCUCCCCGCCAACAUCAAAAAACCCACUCCACUCAAACCAGGAUCUCUCAGUGGUGUCCACUCAGAUCUUCCUGAUACUCCACGACUGGCAAAGACAUUGGGUGAAGAAAAUGGACCACUUUUCAGUCCAAUUCAGUCUUCAGCAUUUAGUCCUUUGGGGGAAUGCAGCACCCUAGAGUAUUUUUGGAAAACAGGAGAUGAUUCUGAAUUACGCAAACCCCAGGACCUCUGCAGACUGUAUAAGACAUACUCAGAUUUUGCCAAUAACUUGUCAAAGGAAAUUCUUGGUUCAGUUUGUGGGUAUUCAUCUCCUGUCGAUAUGAAUGUUAACAAAAACUUAAGUUGUGUCUGCCAUAAAGAAUUUAAAAACAGUAGUGGACACCUCAUGAAACUGUCAGACAUCCAGCAGACAGUCACUAUAUCCAAAGCUCAGAAAUCACAAACACUGAAGGAUGGCAUACAGAAGUUUGCUGCAGAUCUGGUAGAAAUGAGCCUUGGGAGUGCCUUCAGAGAUCUACAGAAAGGGGUAUCUUCUUGUACCACUACACUUUGCCAUUUAGCUGCAAGGCUAACUUCCUCAGUGUUUCAAAUGGCCUUUCAUGAGAUAGGCAUGAGGCGUGCUUAUGUAUUAAAAGAACGUGCCAUAAAUGGUUUAGCCAGCUUCCUUGUUGGAGAAGCAGUAUCUGGGGCUCUUCAGGAGUUCCACUUUGUCAAAAAGCAGAUUUUCAACAACACGGUUGCCAGGUUUGCUGCAGACCUUGCAGAGGAAUUAGUGUUUGAAGGUAUUAUGGAGGUCUGCCAGUUCUCCCAUCCAUCUACACCUUUGACUCUAAGCAGCUGGUCUUUCGAACAGGAGGAAGUGGUUUCUUCAUAUGCCUCGGAUCUCUCAGAGUCUGUACUCCAGGAGGCAUUCAUAGAGUUGUCUCAGUCGGAUGUGACCUUCACUACGCAGGCUGCCAUCAGUGUCUCCCUUGACAAUAUCCGCUAUGUCAGUGCUGAGGACACCACAGAGAUCACAAAGACUUGCAAUGCUGCCUCUCGUUACCUUGGAACACCCUACACACCCGAGGUAAUGGAAUCCACCGAAAAUGGCUGCACUGUAAGAAAGGCCUUGUUCUGUAUGUCAGGGAUUGCCAGCUGUGUUCCGGUGCCUGUGGCCGGGAAAGCCAUCUCACAGUUUCAGAGCACGCCAGAUGCUUGUCAAUACAAGUCCAGUAUUUGCCAAACAUCACAAACCAGCCCUAAAAAAAGCACCUGCUCUGAAGGAAGCUUGGUGACAACCUCUGCUUCCGAGACAUCAACGUCCACACAGACAGACUUACUGCCAGUAGUGGCCCAGAGCAAACAUGUUUACAGUGAAAGACAUGCCCCUGAAGGAGCAGUGAACUUUUCUCAGAGUGAAACAGUGCCUGGAAACCAGUCUUUUGUCAGAACUAAUUUUCAGAACUAUUCUGGGAACAUGGUUGAUUUAAUUGUAAAUGAAGCUUAUGAGAUCAUGACAACAUCCAAAAUGAAGAAGACGGUAGAGGACUGCGCAGACUAUGUGAGCAAAAAAAUUGUUAGUCACAUGCCUACUUCAGCCCAAAUGAUGCCUCCAAAUGUGGUCAGUGGAGAUCCAAAUGAGUCAACUUCUAAACAUGCUACAUGUAGAGGAACUUCAAAUUUUUCAUCAGUUGUUCAGGCUGAACGGUUUCUUAUUAGCAAGAAAGAUAGAGCUGAGGUUUCUUGUCUGUCUGAAGUUAAACCUGGGACUCACUUCAAACUGCAAGACUCUUGUUUGGGAUCUUAUGAGAAAUCUAGUAAGCCCAAAGGUGCAGUUUGUCUGAAGAAAGGAAGUUUGAUUGAUCAGAAAGGAACAUAUAAUGAUACCCGUGAAUCUGACUUUAAGAAUGUAGGUCAUUCCAGCGAAUGUACUUCUGAAAUGCGUCCUUCGCUGAUGAAGGACACUUUAGAGGUGCCAAGUUUUGAAACUUCUAUGCGAAGUGGCAGAAAGGCUGUAGGUGACGAGGCUUUUGGUAGUACUAGCAGGAAAUUGCAUGGAGUCCCAGGCACUCCACCAUCCACACCGCAGCAGCCUGCUCCAGUCUCACAGGAGAAACAGUUCCGACAGUUUUCCAAGAAGCUCAAGGGCAAGCUUGCCAAAGAGUUUUCUCCUGCAACACCUCCGUCUACUCCUCACUACGAGCCUGCCCCUGAUCUUGUGGACGCUGGCACUGACUCUGAGAAGGCUGACUUUGUGUUGAAGCUAAUGAGAUCACUUUCUGAAGAGGCCCUGAGUAAUGAAGAUGUUGAGGAAGAGCAAGAAGGUCAUUAUCAUUCGGAAUUGCGGGUUGUAGAUGAGCCGGAACCAACCCUACCAGUAGAAUCUGACUACAAAAUGGCUGGGAAGGGUGCUUUCCGUUAUGCUGAGCGCUUAGCAUGCCACAUUGUUUCUAUGGCUACUGAGAUGGACACGCUAGCUUUGAACAAUGGCUGGAAGCUUGAGGAUAAGGCAUGCAAAGAUGACCAUUCCUUGAGUAGUACACAGUUUUCAGAGCAGACUUUGAACUCUUUGUGGACCUAUGCUGGGGAAAUAGCAGGGGAGGUCAUCAAUGAUGUGAAGAAGAUGAUUAGUUGUAGUCAGUCCAGACAUAAAUUUUUCACAGGUGUUAGAGACGGGUCUGCUGAGAGUCAGACUCAUCUACAAGUCGGCCACAAAGUCUGUAAGUUGGGCAGCCUCACCAGCCACGAUCUUGUGGCCCCGGUAUCUAGUUCUCAGAUUUGUGGGUCAAGUGGGUUGUCCUCAAAGUACCCCAGUUGUGAAAGCGUUACCGAUGAAUACAGUGGGUAUCUCAUCCGAGUUCUGAAAAGAGAAGGAGGCAACAGGGAGCUUAUUUUGGAUCAGUAUGCCAGCCGUCUAGCUUACCGUUCCCUCAAAUCGGGACUGGCACAGGCAGCUAGGAAGAUCAAGCAAAGGUCUACCUUGAAGCUCCACCCAGGCAGAAGACUACAUCAUGAUGGAAUCUGCGAUGUUUGGAAGGAGUCAAUGACAGAGGCACCUCCUGUAGACGAUAACCGGAAAAUAUUCUCGCCUGGUGAGGUUGUCCAGUGUAGAUGCCACAAUCCCGAUGACAUGAGCAGGAGGGAAUACAUGGCACUUGUUAAUUUUGCUGAGUGUUUGGCUUACAACAUUACCUGCGAUGUCACAAGAAAGCUCAGGCUGUCAUCUGCUCGUCUGCCCAAAUCUCUAACCGAUUCUUGUCUGUACAAAAAAUCCAAACUGGAUGACAUGACGGAGAACCUCAUCAGAACGACAUUUUCAUGUUCUUUACUGCCUUACACAGAAAAGACCAAGCAGUACCACAGCACCGGCAGCUUAAAUGAUGGGAAUUACAGUGACGGGGUAGUGCAAGUAAUCGAACACUAUGCCAGAAAAAUAGUUGACGAUACUUUGGAGAUGACGUUGGCUUCGGCCAGCCAUCAGGCUGCUGCAGACAAGAGCGCAGGGGAUCAUAACUCAUGUGCUAAAAAGUUGACCGAAGUGGUCCUGGACUCGGCGUUGACUGACAAGGCGUGCCGCUACUGUAUGAUCAGGGAGCGUCCCUUCUGCAGAAGUGCCGCUAGGCGCCACUUCCAGGAUAACCGGCGAAGGCGUAUGUUCGAAGCCAUGCCGGAUAGCUCGCGGGGGCCUAGGGUAUGUGGCCUUGAAAUUCCCAAGAUUCACAUCGACCUGGAGAAGAGAGCUGCCUAUGCUGAGGAAAUGGUGUCAUCGGCUAUUGAGAAAGCCAAGAGGGAGCUGAGCAGUGCCAGCCUGAAUGUGGACAGUGGCAUUGGGCACGAUGGCGCAAGCUUUGCCGAGAGCCUCACUGCAGAAAUUAUGACCUCAGCAAUUUCCAAUGUCUGCCAGACCAUCAACCUUAGCACCCCUGGGAAAGAUGGAAUGAAUGCCUCGGAGUCCACUGCCAGCCAGCAGCUCAGCCUGAGUGCAGGGGAUGACAGCAUUGGAAGCUGGUCCAACCUCAGCUUUGAGGAGGAGCAUCCAGAUGAGAGCAGCAGCUUCCUGCACCUGAGUGACAGUAACGGGAACAGCAGUAGCUGGAGCAGUCUGGGAUUGGAGGGAGAGAUCUACGAAGAACAUUUGUCCUUCUCCCCAUCGGACAGCGACGGCGCAGAGGACAAGGAGACGGAGGUGAAGGAGGACUCUGACGGGGCACCGCAUGUUGAAGCCAGCCUCCUGGUGGUUAAUGUGGACGCGGCGGGGCAAACCCUGGACCCGCAGGUCAGGGCAGUGCUGCAGUGGAUCGCCGCUUCGCAGUCGGACCUGCCUGCCGUACAGUUGAGCCCCCACGCAGAACUGGAGCUGCAGCUGCUGCCUGCCGUGCUGCGGAUGGUCCGCGACAGGGAGUGGAAAGUGGGCGACCUGCUCCAGGCCCUGCUCCGAUACUGUGACGAGCCAAGGUGCGAUGUGGAGCCCGGCGAAGAGAGGCACAGCCCCAAGCCCCUCUUUCAGUGGCUUCAGGAACACACCUAGAUUACCCUUCCUGCAACACCGUCACGGGGGUUCACCAGCUGGCAGAACCGCCCCCCUCCCCCCGACAGCACCCAUCUACAUGCAGUGAUGUGCAAUGUGUUUGCCAAAAGUAGAUGUGUAGUCAGUGGAAUACGUCUUAUUUUCGUUUAUUGCUUAUUCCCCAGAGGCACCUACCGACACCUGGGGCUGGGGGGUGCUUGGAAGCAGCUAGUUUGCUCUCUCGUGGUGUGCUUGCGUGCGUGCGUAUGUGAGUGUGGCGUGCUGCGACUGGAAGCACCGUCCGCUCUUUCUCACUUGGUGUUUGUUUGCAGAGCAUUUCUCUUGGCACUGGCGCACACGCCCCCGAGAACGCGGCCGUUCGCAGCCGUCUGCAGCCGUCUGCACGUCACGUGACCCGUUCACACCCUUUUCUCGCAUUUCAAGGGAAGGGGAGCGGCCCCGAGAAUGACAGGAGUGUUCUGUUAUGCCCUUGUCCAGGGAAACCCCAUAACUUCAGGGAAGACCGUGCCUCUUCCAUACGUCCCCCCUCUGGGGGGUCUUGCCACAGGAUCCGAGACCAACCCUGUAAACCACUACUGAUUCUAUAGACCACGCAGCGUAUGUGGAAUUUGACAUUGGGAACGGUUCCCCCUGUCAGAUAUUGGCCCACAGAGUGUUAUUCUGGCAGUUAUGUGCCAGCUGAUCCGUCAGAUUGUUUUUUUUUCACCCCCCCAGAUUGUGCUUGUGCACAAGUGUGUGUGAACACGGAAGGCCGCCGAGCUCUUUCUGAACGUGGUAACAACAGCAGCGACUCACAUUGAAUUCCUGUUUGUCUUAGAGGAAAUGCUAAGAGCAGUGUCUGAGAGAUUUUUAAAAAAAAAAGAAAAAAAAGAAAGAAACCGCAGAACUGCAGUGACAUUUAUUUAAUGAUAGCCGUUUGGCUCUUUAGAAUUUCACAACUCGAACUGAGGUUUUUUUUCCGUGUUCUCGGUGCGACACCUAACCAGAAUCGAUGAGCGUAUUCACCGUAACGCAUAACUGCUGUUAAGAAAUGUUGGAGUCUGACCGGAGCUUUAUUAAACACAGGAUACUCUUCCAGACAUAGUAUGUCAUAUCUGGCCACAUCCAGCUCAGAUAUCUUUGAACUGGAGCCAAUGUGGAAUUCCCAUUUUUUGUGAUAAUACUUCCUCUCCGAAAAGAUGUGUUCACCUGGAAAGGCACAGCGAUAGAGUGGAACCCGAGUGCUUACGCAUGAGCGGCACACAUCCUGCAGCCACAACACAGGCCAGCCCACACUGUAGACGUAUUUUGGUGGUAUGUGACACACUGUGAGGAAUGUUAUUUACUUCACAUCCCUCUGGUUAUUGCCACUUAUUCCCACAGAGACAUUUGGUAGUAAACACAAAAAUGACCUCAGGACAUCGGAGAGCCAUAUCACCACUUAUCCAAAAUCAUUUAUUCCAGACCACGGAGGUGAUCAAAAGACCAGAGAUUAGAGUCAGAAGGUCAAAGACACUGAAAUAUGUCAGAAUGCACUUUUUUUUGAACUGCUGGGGUAUCAAUAAGCUGCUUAGAAAUACUGUAUUGUGGAGGUAAACAUUUUGUGAAUUGUCUGGGUUUGUAGGGGACACCGAUUUCCAGCAGAUGAUUCUCAGGCUGUUUUCCAUGACACAUUUCAUGCAUAAAUCCACAAAGUCCCAUAAAGGGACAAACACUCAUGUUCCUCACAGUAUUUUUUUAUAUAUAUAACCUCGUAGCCUGCCUGAAAACAGCGGAUGAGACCCAGCGUUGGGUGGUGAAGUAUUUCUUCUAUAUGAACGCUCAUGGAAAGUAUCAGGUGGGAGUGAGUGCCAUGAACCUUUUUUUCUUCUCUUGAAAUACAGACACCGAAACUGUCAGGAAAUGUGCUACAAUGCUGACUAAACUCUUUGAACAAGUGUCCCCUGACAUAGAAAAGAAACGUCCUUAUUUUUUUUUAAAUGCCGG